AACUGGGAUCCUAGGGCCAGACUCGGCUCUGCCCUGGCACUCAAACGGCGUGGGCUCCGGGUUGCAUGCCCCGAACAGACGGACGGGCCCUAGGAGGAAAAGGCGGGUGCUGGUCGACAUGGUUAUAGCAACCCUGGAGGCCUACCGUCGCCUAUGCGAGGGGCUAAAGUGCUUAAUGCAGCCGUCAGGCCAAUCUGUCCCACGGCCUUUGCUUUCUUGGUCGCGUGGGAGCCGAGCCUGAACCUAUACGUCUGCAGAGCCUCCUAACUAAGACUUAACGCACCCUCGUUUUAAAAGCCAGAACCCUACCUCCCGACCCACUGUACUUGAUCUUCUUACAUUUCCUCCUGUUCUCCACUAUCGUCUCCUCUGUAUACGCUCGUGGAACUCGUAAAAUUUUCCCUACCAACGAAUACCUAGCCGCGUCCUUUCAACAUCUUCCUCCUGAUCACUCUCGCUUGUGUAUCCCUCUCAACAGCUAGUAUGGGUGUCGAGAAGCAAAUAAUUAAGGCAGGUGAUGGGGCCACCUUCCCCAAGAAGCACGACGAAGUUGCAAUGGAGUACACAGGCUGGCUCUACGACGAGAGCAAAGACGACAAGAAGGGCAAAAAGUUCGACUCGUCGGUAGGCCGUGGGAACCUGGUCACAGAGAUCGGUGUUGGCCGUGUAAUUCGGGGUUGGGAUGAAGGGAUAUUGGGCUCCCACGAGUCUGCGCCCAUGUCACUGGGCGAGAAGGCGACCCUAACUAUUACACCUGACUACGGCUACGGCGAUCGUGGCUUCCCGGGACACAUUCCUCCAAACGCUAUACUCGUCUUUGACGUCGAACUCAAAGCCGUCAAUGGCAGCACGGCCUCAUAGCAGUCUUCCACCUGAGUUGCGCGAAAACAUUCCGGGCCAUCCGACCGAACACCAUGUUUGGGUUGACUCAAAAUCAGAAUGACUGCGAAUUAACAGUGCCCGGAAACAUCACCACAUUCGCUCGCAUCA